AUGUGUGAUUCCGUGACUCCGCCGUGUAACGUCGAUAUUCUGCGCCCGGACCGAACGCACAUUUCGGCGUGGCGCGACAAGGCCGAGUUUCGGGCGGUUUACGAUCGAGUGUUUGGGACGCCGGACGAUGACAUCGCGGCGAAGGAAGAGGGCAUCCGGUGGAUGAACGUGUGGAAGAUACGGCAGAACAAGGAAACGCCGGUGUGCGUGCGCUGCACGUUGGCCGUGCUCGAGGCCCAGCUGUUUGAUCGGCGUCAGGCCGGCGAGGCUAGUGCGACCGAAGUCAAGAGCAUCUACGCCGGAGCGUUCACGCGGUUCAUCAACUGUGUCACGGAGGGCAGACAGACGCACGCCCGUAUGAAGCGGAAACCGUCGACGAUCGAGCAGCACGUUCGUGACAUUGGCAUCGAGCCGUACUUGGUCGAGUUGCGCCACCUGUGCGCGCACAGUUCCGUGUCGAUCGCGAUCGACGUGUUCCGCCGGUCGGCCGAAUACUGCAUGAACUGGCUGAAGGUGUCUUAUUGGGAGCGCGAACUGGCCACCAUGGAACCGGUUACGUACGCGACGUUCCGCCGACCGGUGCUCGGACCGAAGCACACGGAAUUGUGCCGAGUGCUGCGAGCGUAUGAUGCGGCCACCGCGACACUGGUCCGGAAGGUGUCGGUGGUGGAGAAAGCCCGGCCACACCUGACGGAUGAUGAAUUUCGGGCGCUGCAAGCGUACGAGACCGAGUACGGAACCUCGAAGCUGGGUCUGAUCGUCGACAAGCUCGUCGAUCACCUGGAGGGCCAGAGUUUCCUGAGGCAACACUCGGUCACCGUGUGGGCGGUCUGUGAGGCACUGCUUUCGGAGUGCCGCUACCUGUUCCAGGAUCCGCUGAAGAAAGGACCGCAACAGUCGCGGAUGACAAAAGUGCACGGUCCACUGUUCCGCGCGCUCGCUGCGAUCGGUUGUUUGCAGGAGUUUUUCGAGCGACUGGUGGCCAUCUGUGAGGACACCGAAGCGGACGAUCAGAGACGGCUGGCCGCGCAGUACUGGGCCCUGAAGCUGGUGACCGGCUUUCAGUUGCUCAGGGAGUUCAAGAAGCACUGCAAAUCGCUGCCGGCCGACCGGUUGGUGCUGUUUGCGGAGUUUUACAGCGGCAAACGGAAGCGGUUGGCGUUCCAGGUGGCCGAGGAGUGGUACGACCGGAGGGCGCUGAAAGAGGGUACGCCAAACCACCCGCUGAUGCUCGGUGUGACCGCCGAUUGUCCGUGGCACCUUCGGCUCGACCGAUCUUAUCUGGUCCAACGGUUGAGGGCGGUCAACGAUUACACCAAACCGAUCGUCGCUCCAUUAAGCUCGUUGGUGGAACCCGCACUACGUCCGCGGCAGCUGCUGGGCAUAGAGCGGCUCACUAAAAUACUCACCGUGGCCAGACCGACGAAAGCGCCUCGUUGGUGGCUCGGAGACGGCACGGCGUCGAAAGUGUACACGAUGGAGGACGUGUACAAGGCAACGGGCAAGAGGCCACCACCAGCGAGCGGCAACACGCGCUGGGGACCGUGGCGUGCGACCGACGACGGUAUCGAAUGGAAGUACAUUCCGCUGGGCAUGAGUCCGUCCGAGCUGUGAUCAAGCAGCAGCAGAACUUCGCAGAGCACGAUCCUUGUUCCAUCUUUCUCGCCAUUGGCGCUGAUCGACGUUUUGGACCGCUUCUUGCAUCAACUGUGCCAACGAACGUUCCGGUAUGGCCAGCUAGCCUGGAACCGAAUCCGU